CCCAGCGCGAGGGCGCGUGCGCGUGCGCGGUGGGGAGAUGGCGGCGACGUCUGGGGACGGGGACGAUUCUCUGUACCCGAUCGCGGUGCUGAUCGACGAGCUGAGGAAUGAGGACGUGCAGCUCCGUCUCAAUAGCAUCAAAAAGCUGUCCACCAUUGCGCUGGCUCUGGGUGUGGAGAGAACGCGAAAUGAACUGCUGCCAUUUUUAACAGAUACGAUUUAUGAUGAGGAUGAAGUACUGCUUGCUUUAGCUGAGCAGCUGGGAUCAUUCACUGCCCUUGUGGGAGGCCCAGCACAUGUCCAUUGCUUGCUGCCCCCGCUAGAGAGCCUGGCCACAGUGGAGGAGACGGUGGUGCGGGAAAAGGCCGUGGAAUCGCUGCGCACCAUCUCCAAGGAGCACUCUCCCUCGGACCUGGAGCGCCACUUUGUACCCCUUGUCAAGCGCCUCUCUGGCGGCGACUGGUUCACCUCCCGCACGUCUGCCUGCGGCCUCUUCAGUGUUUGCUACCCUCGUGUCUCCAGCACUGUCAAGUCGGACCUCCGGCAGUACUUCAAACAGCUCUGCACUGAUGAUACCCCCAUGGUGAGGCGAGCAGCCGCUUCCAAACUGGGUGAGUUUGCAAAAGUUCUUGAGCCGGAGAACAUCAAGUCUGAGAUCCUGCCCAUGUUCACCAACCUGGCCACAGACGAACAGGAUUCUGUACGGCUGCUGGCCGUUGAGGCCUGUGUCAGCAUUGCACAGCUGCUGAAGCACGAGGAGCUGGAGAAGAUGGUGAUGCCCACGCUUCGCCAGGCCAUGGAGGACAAAUCAUGGCGUGUGCGCUACAUGGUGGCAGACAAGUUCACCGUGUCAACUCAUUUGAGCAGCUCGCUUGGCCCUUAUGAGCACACAUUCAGCUGUUGCUGGCUGCAGAAAGCCGUAGGCCCUGAGAUCACCAAGAAAGACCUGUUGCCAGUCUUCCAGAACCUCCUGAAGGACUGUGAAGCUGAAGUCCGUACUGCCGCUGCCCAGAAGCUCAAAGAGUUCUGUGAGAACCUGCCCAAGGAUGUUCGGCAACAGAUCAUCCUGAACCAGGUCCUGCCUUGUGUCAAAGAGCUGGUCUCAGAUGGUAAUGAGCACGUGAAAUCAGCUCUAGCUUCGGUCAUCAUGGGCCUCUCCCCCAUCUUGGGGAUGGACAGCACGGUGGAACAUCUCUUGCCUCUCUUUUUGGUGCAGCUGAAAGACGAGUGCCCAGAGGUCCGUCUGAACAUCAUUUCCAACCUGGAGUGUGUGAACGAGGUGAUUGGUAUCAAGCAGUUGUCACAGUCACUGCUGCCUGCAAUCGUGGAGUUGGCAGAAGAUGCCAAGUGGAGGGUGCGCCUCGCCAUCAUCGAGUAUAUGCCCCUGUUGGCAGGACAGCUGGGUAUGGAGUUCUUCAACGAGAAGCUGAACUCUCUCUGUAUGGCCUGGCUGGUUGAUCACGUUUAUGCCAUCCGAGAAGCAGCCACCAAUAACCUGAAGAAGCUGACCCAGAAAUUCGGAAAGGCCUGGGCGCAGAACAUCAUUAUCCCUAAAGUGCUGGCCAUGUCCAACGACCCCAACUAUCUGCACAGGAUGACCACCCUGUUCUGUGUCAAUGUUCUAUACGACGUGUGCGGGAAGGACAUCACCACCAAGCUGAUGCUGCCUACCGUUCUGCGAAUGUCCGGCGAUGCUGUGGCCAAUGUCCGCUUCAACGUAGCCAAGACGCUCCAGAUGAUUGGGCCUACCCUUGACAAAAAUGCUGUGCCUGAACUGACACCAGCCAGGGUACUGGAGCCAAGCCAGGCACUACAGUUCAAAUUUUGUGUUUCUAAGUUACAUCGACGGUCAGUGGGCACUCUGGGACAUUCCCGAAGACAGGUGACAGAUCCUCCUCAGUACCGACGCACACACCGGGAAGGAAAAGUGAGAGGUGGAGGUGGUUGUGUCCAUCGUUGGAAGCUGCUAGUCACACAAGGUGCAUUCCUUAACCACGUAGUAGGUGGUUUACAGUUCUGUGCCUGGUGAUGAUGUUGCCAUCUGGCUGUCUGCUCUCUUCCCUCUUUCUCCUGCCUUGUUUCCCCUCCCCUCGCUAUCUCUUGUUCUUUGCCUCAAGUUGCAACCUUGCAUUUGACAAGUGAUCUGUUUCCUUAAAAGUUUACUGUUCCAAAGAGAAAAUGAACCGAGGUUCUGUUGUUUAAUAAAGAUAGAUGCAAAUGUUUUCUUCAGAUUGCUGUGCCUCUUUCCCUCUCUUUUGCAAUGAAGACAUUGGCCGAGUAAUGCACGGGUUUCUCUGAGGAAGGUUUUGAGGGGGGUGACUAGGGAGGUGGAAUGGGGCAAUUUGGGAAGUCUGGCUGAAGCUAAAGACACUGCCAUCAGUGAUGGAAUUAGAGCUAUACUGCACGAAAACGGGCUCUUCAGUCCACUUGGUACAUGCUGACCAAGAUACCUUCCUUUCUUUAGCCAAAGUGUGAUGAAUCUGUAGAAUUCAUUGCCUUGAAUGGCUGUGGAGGCCAAGUCAUUGGGUAUAUUUAAAGCAGAAGUUGAGACGUUCUUGAUUAAUCAGGAUAUCAAAGGUUACUGGCGAAGGCAAGAGAAUGGGGUUGAGAAGGAUAAUAGAUCAGCCAUGAUGGAAUGACAUGAUGGGCUGAAUGGCCUAAUUCCUAUUUCUUAUGGUCUUACCUACACACAGCUAAGCAACUGGAGGAGAGCAGUAUGGAAAAGGAUGUUUGCUGACCAUAGAGUUGUGGAGUCAGACAGCACAGAAAUGGGCUUUCAGCCCAUGCUGAAAGUUUCCUAUCUGAGCUAGUCCCAUUUGUCUGCAUUUGGCCCAUAUCCUCUAACCUUUUCUUUUCAUAGAACAUAGAAUAGUACAGCACAGUACAGGCCCUUCGGCCCACAAUGUUGUGCUGACCCUCAAACCCUGCCUCCCAUAUAAGCCCCCACCUUAUAUUCCUCCAUAUACCUGUCCAGUAGUCUCUUAAACUUCACUAGUGUAUCUGCCUCCACCACUGACUCAGGCAGUGCAUUCCACGCAUCAACAACUCUCUGAGUAAAAAACCUUCCUCUAAUAUCCCCCUUGAA